AUGAUUGACCCAAUUGAUAAAAUUAUUGAAGAAACAUUUGUUUAUAAAAUUGAUAUGCUUCAUAAUCUUUCUUUAUCAUCGAAUGCUUCAAUGAUUCGUUACGCGUUAGCAUAUAAGAACUUCAAUCCUAACGAAACAUAUCCAGAAGAAGAAAAUGUGGAAUCAAGUUUUGAAUUAACGAAAAAGUAUUGGAAAUAUAAAAUUGAAUCAUAUAAGAAACAAGAUGAAAAAGCAGAAAGAGAUACUAAAAAUAAUGUUUCAAUGGAUGAUUUUCAAUACUAUCACGAUUUAAUCCUUUCAUCUAAAUGCAAAAUGUGUGGUAAAGCGUUUACAUAUGCAAAUAAACCAACAUUGGAUAGAAUAGAUAAUGAAAAACCACAUACCAAAGAAAAUUGUCAGUUAAUGUGUUGUUAUUGCAAUGUCGUAAAAUCAAAUAAAGAUGAAGAUGUUCAACGUUUAAGAAUCAAUUUAAGAAAUUAUGCAUUAAAAAAUAAUUUACCAAUGACUUUAGAUUCAGUUGAAGCUUAUCACAUUCUCCGUAAUGGAAUUACUGGUGGUUUAUCAAAUGUUCAACAUAGAGUAAAUCUUAAAGGAAUCACGCACAUUAAUAAACUUUCAUAUAAUCCAGAAACUAAAACUGUAUCAAAUGAGGACACCACCAACAUCAUGACUCAUUUCGUUGGUGUUGAUUUUAAUUCAUUAUAUCCUUCAUCAUUUUCAUCUAAUCCUCAUGAUUUCAUUCAAUAUACUGACCAUAAAAUGUAUAUGCCGGGAAGAUUGAAUGGUGUUAUCAUUUGUGAUACAGC